UUUGCACAUUGAUCGCCCGCCUGCUCCUCAACAACCGGAGAAUUGGGUUUAAAGAAGGUGAGAUUUGGGUUCGAGUUCGGGGUUCCAGCUCUUGCCUUCGAACGAGUUCCAUGGCUGCCUCUCUCGUGGUCCUCCGGCCGAUCUCUCCUUCCCAUGCCCUUUCAUUUCCUUCUGCUCCGUCGCCGGAGAACCGCCACACCGCCGGAUUCGGCCGGCGGCGAUGCGGCGGUGGCUUCGGAAGGUGGAGGGCGAUGGUUCAGCAGCAGACGUUCCCGGGUACCUCCGCGAGCUACGCCAAGGAGAUGGAGCGGCUGUCGUGCAAAGAAUCGCUUCUCCUCGCCUUCAAGGAUGCCGGGGGCUUCCAAUCUUUGGUUGGUGGGAAGAUAACGGAAAUGCAGCGGAUUGAUGUUCACGAGAGAAUUGUUGGUCUUGAACGGCUCAAUCCCACUCCUCGUCCCACAACAUCACCCUUUCUCGAAGGUCGAUGGAAUUUUGAGUGGUUUGGUGCUGGUAGCCCAGUAUGGUUCGCUGCAAGAUUUCUGUUUGAGAGAUCACCUGCGACUUUAGCAUAUUUAACGGGAUUGGAUAUGCUGAUCAAGGAUGGAUAUUCAAAAGUGACAGCAAAUCUUAAAUUUUUAAACUCGAUAGAAAGCAAGUUCCUCUUGACCACCAAAUUGACUGUUGAGGGCCCUACUCGAUUGAAAGAAGAAUAUGUUGAAGGGCAUCUUGAAACACCCACAGUUAGAGAAGAGGCUAUACCUGCACAACUAAGAGGUGCAUUUGGACAAGCAGCUGGUGCUCAGCAGCAACUUCCAGCACCAAUAAGGGACACCUUUGCCAAUGGAUUGAAACUUCCACUUAGUGGAACUUUUCAGAGGCUGUUCAUGAUUUCAUACUUAGAUGAAGAGAUAUUGAUCAUAAGGGAUUCUGCUGGAGCUCCAGAUGUUCUUACAAGGCUGGAUGGGCCUCCAGCACCAUUGCCCACAGACCCCGUGAUCUCCGAGUAUGAAAGCUAAAUACUGAGGAUGGUAGUUUUCCAUUGAAAACAAUGGCUUGCCUGACGAUCGAGGAUUCUCCACUUCAAUCCAAAUCCAAAUAUCAUGCAUACAAGGUGUUGCUUGUGCAUCUAAACUCUGAUUUCAUAUUCUCAGUGUGUUUAUUUUUCUUCUGCAAAUAUUGUGUUGUUCAAGCAGAAUUAUCUGAGGUUGGUUAAGAAGUGACAUUCUUUGCUAAACUUACUGUUUCUCGAAUUUAAAAGUUGUGCAAGGAUUUUACUUGAGCAAUGGCAGCAAUUUAAGUGA